UGGGAAAGGAAGGGGGGGCUGCGCCGGGGAGCGUCGUGCGCGCGCAGGCGUCCUCGCUUAUCGGUGGGGAAGCGGAGCUUCUGCCAGCUGACUCGGCCAUGUCGGUCCAGGAAGACCCGGUCCAGCGCGAGAUUCACCAGGACUGGGCGAACCGCGAGUACAUCGAACUGAUCACCAGCUCCAUUAAGAAGAUCGCGGACUUCCUCAAUUCCUUCGACAUGUCCUGCCGCUCCCGCCUGGCCACGCUCAAUGAGAAGUUGACGGCGCUGGAGAGACGGAUCGAAUACAUCGAGGCCCGGGUAACAAAGGGUGAAACAUUGACAUAGUGUGAAACUGGCAAGAAGUCAACCUAGGGAGAG